AUGGAUGACGCCUUUUUAUUUAUGUGCAGAUGCACUUCCGCCGUCGGAAUAUCGCUAGAUUGCAUCAACGAGCCCUGGUCGGACUUCUUCAAAGACAAUCUAACUUCUACCAGCUGGGCACAUACGGUGGCGAAUCUCCGUGUACUCCGUAUCGCAAACUCAGCGUGCGACUGCACACCUCUCCUACAAUAUCUCAAGCUUCCGUCUCUAAGGGUGCUCCAAAUGCACAAUUUUGAGACCGGAGCUGAUUGUGUUUCGACUCUCGAAGCCACUCUGUCUUCUUCGCGUAGCCUUCGACAGCUCUCAAUCGUAGACCACUCUAUGGGCGAAGUCAGGCUGUGGAGCUUGCUUCGGAGCACUCUUCUAGGAGAAAUUCCUUCGGUGGGUAUCUACACGCAGAGCAAGAACAUCAAGUGGGACAUGUUGUUGGAUACCGUCCCAGCGGCACUGAACUUGAAGGCGAAUGUGCCACGUUGGGAAAAAGAUGGAUUUCGAGGUGGGUGGUAUGGAUGGGGACCUGGAAGCCUUGCAGACGCCCAUUCUAUCUAUUGA